GGCAGUCGCGUUCCGUGGUUUAGUUCAGCGCGAAGUCAACUUCAUUUUUGACGUGAUAGUGGUGGGUGAAUGAAGUGGUGGCAAUCGAAGACGAGACUGCGAGAGACGGCGUGGCGCGCCUUCAUUGGGAAUAAUAUCGUGUAGAAUGGGCAGAUUACAGAGGAAUGGUGCUGUACUAGUGGUAAUAUCCCUUUUAAUAGGAACCAAUGGCUUCUAUGUGCCUGGAGUUGCACCAGUGGAGUUCAGAAAGGGCCAGAAGAUCGAUGUCAAGGCUGUCAAAAUGACUAGCGUACAUACGCAAUUACCAUAUGAAUAUUAUUCUAUUCCAUUUUGCUUGCCCAAAAAUGGAGCUUUUAUCUAUAAAUCUGAGAAUCUGGGAGAAGUAUUGCGUGGAGACAGGAUAGUAAAUACUCCUUAUGAAGUUGUAAUGGGAGAAGAUGUUAGCUGCAAACUCCUGUGCCAUGAACCGUCCAGCUUGAUGAAUUGGAGCGAAUACAAUUCCCAACAAGUUAUCGAUAUGAUUGAACAUGAAUAUUCUGUGCAUUUAUUAAUAGAUAACCUACCAGCAGCCACCAAGAAGAAGAUCCAUAAAGAUACUAAUAAGGUGGUUGUUUAUCAAGGAUAUCGACUAGGUGGCAAGAUGAACGACCAGGCAUACAUCAAUAAUUAUCUCAACUUGAAAUUAAGCUACCACAAACACGGCGAAAACGAGUUUAGAGUAGUUGGAUUUGAAGUUGAGGCUCAUUCCGUCGACACGUCUCAAUUGCAAUUCGACGGGAACACCUGCAUCCGACCGGACUUCAACAAAGUGAGCCCGCAAUUCGUCAGUCCCACGGGCACGAAGCUUUUGUUCUUGUACUCGGUGGAAUGGAGCCAGUCGGAUGUAAGCUGGGCGAGCAGAUGGGACAUGUACUUGGGCAUGAGCGACGUCGAGAUACAUUGGUUCUCUAUCAUCAAUUCUCUCAUUGUUGUCUUCUUCUUGUCCGGGAUUUUGACGAUGAUCAUGGUGAGGACGCUUAGGAGAGACAUAGCUCGUUACAACGCCGGAGAGAGCGACAGUCUGGCAGGCUUGGACGAAACGAUCGAGGAAACCGGCUGGAAAUUGGUGCACGGAGACGUGUUCCGGCCACCUAUUAACUCCCGUUUGUUUGCCGCUGUGAUCGGCAGUGGCAUCCAGAUCUUCUUCAUGGCUCUCAUUACGAUAUUCUUCGCGAUGCUGGGAAUGCUCUCACCAGCGAGUCGAGGAGCUUUGGGUACCUGCGCGAUAUUUUUGUACGUGUUUUCCGGCUUGGUCGCUGGCUACUUUUCUGCACGAUUAUACAAGACUAUGCGAGGUCGAGAAUGGAGAAAAGCUGCUUUAUUGACAGCGACUCUUUAUCCUGCUGUUGUCUUUUCGACGUGCUUCUUUUUGAAUUUCUUCAUAUGGGGUAAGCAAAGCUCCGGCGCGGUUCCCUUCAGCACGAUGGUGGUUCUGCUGUGUCUCUGGUUCGGCAUAUCACUUCCUCUCGUCUAUCUUGGCUAUUUCUUUGGUUAUCGUAAGCAACCCUUCACUCAUCCGGUCAGAACAAAUCAGAUUCCCAGGCAAGUUCCUGACCAGCUGUGGUACAUGAAUCCAAUAUUGUGCACAUUGAUGGCCGGAAUCUUGCCGUUUGGCGCGGUAUUCAUCGAACUUUUCUUCAUUUUAACUGCACUGUGGGAGAAUCAGUUCUAUUAUCUCUUCGGAUUCCUAUUUCUCGUCUUCUGCAUCCUUGUAAUCUCAUGCUCGCAAAUAUCGAUAGUCAUGGUCUACUUCCAAUUAUGUGGCGAGGACUACAGGUGGUGGUGGCGCAGUUUCAUAGUGAGUGGAGGCUCGGCGGUCUACGUGUUAGCUUAUUCCAUUUUUUACUUCAUGACGAAGUUGGAAAUCACCGAAUUAGUACCGACCCUCAUGUACUUCGGUUACACCGCGCUGAUGGUUCUCACAUUUUGGCUACUGACCGGUACAAUCGGCUUCUUCGCCGCAUACACGUUUAUUAGGAAAAUAUACGCAGCCGUUAAGAUAGACUAGUCAAAAUCUAUCAAUAGUAGUUGCAGUGACAUUUGUGGGAGUAAUAUUAAUUUUAAUUUAAUCGAGAGAGAGUAAAAGAGAAAAAGAAAGGGAGAGACUGGAAGCGAGAGGAAAAGCUUAAGUUUCUUCUGUAGUUAUAGGAAUUACGAUGAAAGUGCAGACGUAUAUUUCCAUCUUCCACGGGAUUUUGAAUGACAAACAUUUAUACAUUCUGUGACUGAUGUGUACGAAUAUAUUCGAUAUAAUGUCAAUAUAAUGUUUCUACAUGUUCAUCCGCCAUUGACAAGUAUAACGAAUCUAUUUUAUUUAAUUUAGUCGCGAUUUUCCCCUGUAAAGUACUUACGAUUCAUAGAACGCGCAAAGAGAAAGAGGGAUAAAGUUGAAGAGAAUAAGAGAAGAAAAUCUAAGAGAAAUUUAACGUUAACAAUGGGAUGUUGGCUAUAUCAAUAUCGUUCCUCGUCGACGAGAGGACACUGUAAAAAUGUUCAAGUAUGUGAUAUUAGUGAUGGUCAAUAAUGCAGAAGUAUUACGGCGGUGUCGGACAAGUUAUGUACUCACGAAUGAACGAUUGUCAAAUGAAUAUGUAUCACCGUGUCGUCACCGUUGAUACAUGAUGAUACAUGUAUAUUUUAUAUUCGUGAAUGUACGUAUGUAUUUAAAGUUGUCGUUCGUCAUUCGUGAGUAUGUUUUCGCAACCGACACCGCGCUAUAGCCGAUAACGAGCCAGUUUAAAGUUAUCGUUCGUCUCCUUUAGCAUAAGGAUACAAGCGGUUUUGCAACUGUCCCCAAACCAGGUCAUUGUUACGACAAGUGCAGUAUAAUGUAAGAAUAAGAAUACAAAAAUUUGUGUAUUUAAUUA